CAGCCGCCAUGGCCCAGACACUGCAGAUGGAGAUCCCCAACUUCGGCAACAGCAUCCUGGAGUGCCUCAACGAGCAGCGGCUGCAGGGCCUGUACUGUGACGUGUCGGUCGUGGUCAAGGGCCACGCCUUCAAGGCCCACCGGGCUGUGCUGGCCGCCAGCAGCUCCUACUUUCGGGACCUGUUCAACAGCAGCCGGAGUGCCGUGGUGGAGCUGCCAGCAGCCGUGCAGCCCCAGUCCUUCCAGCAGAUCCUCAGCUUCUGCUACACGGGCCGACUCAGCAUGAACGUGGGUGACCAGUUCCUGCUCAUGUACACGGCCGGCUUCCUGCAGAUCCAGGAGAUCAUGGAGAAGGGCACCGAGUUCUUCCUCAAGGUGAGCUCCCCCAGCUGUGACUCGCAGGGCCUGCACGCUGAGGAGGCCCCGUCGUCUGAGCCCCAGAGCCCCGUGGCACAGACGUCGAGCUGGCCGGCCUGCAGCACCCCGCUGCCCCUCGUGUCAAGGGUGAAGACAGAGCAGCAGGAGUUGGACUCGGUACAGUGCACGCCGGUCGCCAAGCGGCUGUGGGACAGCGGCCAGAAGGAGGCUGGGAGUGGUGGCAAUGGCAGCCGCAAAAUGGCCAAGUUCUCCACACCAGACCUGGCCGCCAACCGGCCACCCCAUCCCCCGCCACCCCAGCAGGCCCCAGUGGUGGCAUCAGCCCAGCCAGCUGGGGUGGCCGUGGCAGGGGCAGCGGGGACUGGGCAGGCAGCCGGUGGAGUGGUGUCAGCUGGGGGCAUGGUAAGCGGGCCCAGCACAUCGGAGCGGACCAGCCCUGGCACCUCAAGUGCCUACACCAGCGACAGCCCUGGCUCCUACCACAACGAGGAGGACGAGGAGGAGGACGCAGGCGAGGAGGGCACAGAUGAGCAGUACCGGCAGAUCUGCAACAUGUACACCAUGUACAGCAUGAUGAACGUCGGCCAGGCAGCUGAGAAGGUGGAGGCUCUCCCUGAGCAGGUGGCCCGUGAGUACCGGAAUCGCAUCCGGGUGCGGCAAGACUUGGCGUCCCUUCCUGCCGAGCUCAUCAACCAGAUCGGCAACCGCUGCCACCCCAAGCUAUACGAUGAGGGUGACCCCUCUGAGAAGCUGGAGCUGGUGACAGGCACCAAUGUAUACAUCACAAGGGCACAGCUCAUGAACUGCCACGUCAGUGCGGGCACACGGCACAAGGUCCUGCUGCGGCGGCUCCUGGCCUCCUUCUUUGACCGGAACACGCUGGCCAACAGCUGUGGCACUGGGAUCCGCUCUUCCACCAACGACCCCACCCGCAAGCCCCUGGACAGCCGCGUCCUCCACGCCGUCAAGUACUACUGCCAGAACUUUGCCCCCAACUUCAAGGAGAGCGAGAUGAAUGCCAUCGCGGCUGAUAUGUGCACCAAUGCCCGCCGCGUUGUACGCAAGAGCUGGAUCCCCAAGCUCAAGCCCCUCACGGCCGAGGGCGAUGUCUACACGACCUUCAUCAGCGACACCGGCAAGAUAGAGCCAGACAUGAUGGGCGUGGAGCAUGGCUUCGAGACAGCUAGCCACGAUGGCGACGCAGGCCCCUCAGCUGAGGCCCUGCAGUAACCCCACCGGACCCUUCCCUUGGAGCCGUCACACUCCCCCUCCCGCCACACCCACCCGCCAUCCUGGUCACGAGCUACUGUCUGCCCCUCCCCAG